UGGCUAAUGGUGAAACUGUAACGUUAAGUCUGCAAAAAGGAAAGUAUUCGAAUAAGCCAAGCUCCAAAAAAUUCCAAUUCCAAUUCCAAUACCAAGGUAGUAGGCAACUUUACAAAAACCAAACCAGUUAGAUACUUGGAAAACUAUCCCUCACUCCCACGCAAACAACCAACUACCUCUUCCAACUGCCCUUCCCUCUUUACCAGAAGCCUUUCCUUCUCAAGACAAUUCCUAGGAAAAAGGAAAAAACAAAGCCAACAUCGGGAAACAAGGAGCCCUAUAAACAAAGCAACUGAUCUUGACCCUUUCCUUUUUUAUGUCCGAAAAGAGUCUUCGACGACGGCUUCCGAGAGGCCGGCGACCACGGCUGCCGUAUCCAUCACCGUCCCCAAGGCUACGGACGCCUCCUCCGCAUCGGCGAUCAGCGAAGAGAUCGUCGAAGCAUGGUGGGAUUCUGAAGCGAUGUGCGUCAGAGCCGUGUCUUUGGAGCAGUGUUGCUGAAGAUGAGCAAAGGAGUAAUUUAUUGGGGUCUGAAGUGGAAGGGGCUUUGUUUAGGCCCCAAACUUGUACUGACGUCUUUGUUUCUUCUCCUUGUAUUUUGGGUUUUGGUUCUCCUCGUUCUUCUUCUUCUCCAAAGCAGGUUUUUGAGUUUGGGAUGCAGGGAUACAACAAAGAUGCUAAGGUUGUAAUCAAUGUAUCAGUUGAAGGAAGUCCAGGACCAGUACGGAGCAUGGUCAAAUUGGGGUCCAGUGUCGAAGAGACUAUAAAGCUUGUUGUAGACAAAUAUGCUGAAGAAGGGAGAACUCCUAAGCUUGAUCACAGUUCGGGAUUGGAAUUGCAUCACUCCUAUUUUAGCCUCCAAAGUUUGGAUAAAUCACUGAUAAUUGGGGAUGCUGGUAGCAGGAGCUUCUAUCUUAGAAAAAAUAGCAGUGGCCGUACUAGCAAUGGAGCAUCUAAUUCUUUUGUUUCAGAAAUUGCUCCAGAAGGAGCGAAUUCCCCUCCAGCUGUUCCACCUCCUACAUAUUUACUUACAGCUGUCAUAGCUCGAAAACUCAGCAAAAUUGUAAGAAGAACGCGUAGGCUCUGGAAGGUCUUGGUUUGCUUGCGAUGAGGAUAUCCAGGAUCAUACCAUUGUUAGAGGAGUUGUUAAUAUAGAUGCAAGGAGGAGUGAACCAAAGAAAGAAGCAAGAACGAUAGGUAAAGUUUCAUGAAAGACCUUUAGGAUGACUUAAAAAAUUUAUGUAAUAGUCUUUUAAAUUGGCCUUUCUCACAGUCCAUUGAACCAGAACCAUGCAUUAUGGGUUCAAUCUAAACCAGGACGGAAUAAAUUUUAUCAUGAUUAGAAACGAAUAUUCUGCUUCUUGGCAAUAAAAAUGUUACACGUGGAAGUGAGCCUGUAUUGAAAAAA